CUUCCAUCAACAGUGGUAAAUUUUCCAUUGCGACAAAUAAUCUAAAUCUGAAUGAUGAUGAUGAUGAUAAUGAUGAUCGUUCUGGUUCGGAACAACAACAAAAGCGGCAACGACGAAGACGGCGACAACGACAACGUACUUCUUCCUGUUCGGAUGAUAAUUGUGCCGAUAAUAAUCAUCAUCCGAUUAAAAGAAAACGCAAUAACAUGCGAUCAAUACGCCGACGACAACGUAAUGAUAGAAGAAAAAUGAAGAAUUCGACGACAACCGCAAACGAAAUUACAAACGAAACCGCAAACGCAACAACAAAUACAUCCAAAGAACGAAAUCUACGACGAUUAGAAAGUAAUGAACGUGAACGUAUUCGAAUGCAUAGUCUAAAUGAUGCAUUUCAAAGUUUACGUGAAGUAAUACCACAUAUAAGUAAAGAAAGAAAAUUAUCUAAAAUUGAAACAUUAACAUUGGCUAAAAAUUAUAUUGUUGCAUUGACUGAUUAUAUAAUGCGAUCAUCAACAUCCGCAUCCGCAUCAUCAUCAACUACUGCAGCUACAUCCAACAAUUCAUCAAUAUUAUUGAAUCAUGAACAACAAUUAACAAAUAUUGCAGAAAAUUUAUGUAAAUUUCAUACAAACGGCAGUAAUCGCAGUAGUAAUAAAAACAAUCGUAAAAAUAACAAAAUUUCAAAUUCAAACAAACAAACAAAUGUAUAA